UAUGUUUUAGUGGACUCAUCUAGCUGAAGGCGCUCGGUCAUGCAUCCGCACCAGGUCACGUGUGGUAACGCUGUGCUCAACAUCAACCGCAAUCGCUAGCCAGAUUAGAUCAGAGAAUUCCGAUAUAUUGGUCAUCGCCAAAUAUACUCUUCCGAUCUCCUCGACUCUGUCUUUUGAUUUCUCUGGGUGGGAACGAAAUAUAUUAGAAGGUGUUACUGGUAAAAGUGUUGUCAAACACUAAAUACCUGUGACAUCAUCAAAAUAAAUUGGAACCUGCUGCCCGAAGCAGUGGUGUCCACAACUUCAAUUGACUCUCUCAAGAGAAGAUUGGACACUCACAGAAGCAUACGUGAAAACGAAUAACAUAGGCCGUGGGUUUUCUGUCCUUACUACACAGAUCUGAAUCUGAAUCUGAACUAUCCAAACCGAAACGGAAACAAAUAUCUGUUGAAACCCACUCAGCAAUUAUUUGAUACAUAUAAUGGCAAAUUUAAUGUUUUGAGAAGUUUCCAAUACGACAGAGAAGACCAAACUUAUAAUUGAGUGCGAGGUCGAUUUAUUAGAUGCGCUACGUAUGCCAUGCCUGAAUUGCCUACCGGUGAUGUGAAUAUCCUAAAGGAGACAAAAGUGCAAAAAAUCACAGAGCAAAUGGCCAAGUCAUCCAUCAAACAGUGCGAAGUGAAGUACAAUUUAAAAGUUCCAAAGGGAACAAAAGAUCGGGAUCCCCUCCAAAUGACAAUUCUUGAAGGUGUUUUUAAUACAAUAAUACGGUGUUUCAAGCGUCAUGAUGCGGUCACUAUAGACACCCCUGUUUUUGAGCUCAAGGAAGUGCUAGCUGGGAAGUAUGGCGAAGAAUCUAAACUCAUAUACGAUCUUCAGGAUCAAGGCGGCGAGGCGCUUUCUCUUAGAUAUGAUUUAACCGUCCCAUUCGCCCGUUAUGUUGCCAUGCAUAAGAUUAAAUCUAUCAAGCGAUACCAAAUUGGAAAGGUUUAUCGGCGUGAUCAACCGGCUAUGUCGCGCGGUCGUUACCGGGAGUUUUACCAGUGUGAUUUCGAUAUUGCUGGAGAUCAUGGGCUAAUGUUGGCGGAUGCAGAAUGCCUUCGAAUAAUAUACGAAGUGCUUUCAGAAUUGGAUUUAGGCGAUUUUGUCAUAAAGAUCAACCACAGACGUUUGCUUGAUGGAUUGUUUUCGGCUUGUAAUGUGCCAUCAGAUAAGUUUGUUUCAGCUUGUUCCUCAGUUGACAAACUAGACAAGAUUCCUUGGGAAGAUGUCAGACGGGAAUUAUGUGAAGACAGAGGGUUGUCACCUGAAGCUGCAGAUAAAAUUGGUUCGUAUGUUCAGCUAACUGGAGGUUUGGAUCUAGUUGAACGUCUCGAAUCAGAUGAGCAUCUUAAUAAUCAACCAUCAGCUAAAGCCGCUCUUCAGGAAAUGAGAUUAUUAUUAGACUAUUGUAAAGCACUUGGGAUAGAAGAGCGAAUUAGCUUCGAUUUAAGUCUAGCGCGCGGGUUGGAUUACUAUACCGGUGUUAUUUACGAAGCUGUUUUGAAAGGUUUCACUUACAAUCCAAGUAAUUCAGGUGCAGAAUUGACUGGUUCUAAUGAAACUAACUUAAACUCCUCUGUAAAAAAUAAAAAAUCAAGUAAAAAGGAUAAGAAAGCCAAAGAACAGUUAGAUGAUGAUUUUGUUACACCUGGCGAAUCCAUGACUGUUGGUAGUGUAGCUGGUGGUGGCCGUUACGAUGGUUUAGUUGGAAUGUUCGAUUCUUCUGGAACACGAGUUCCGUGUGUUGGUUUUAGUUUUGGUGUUGAACGACUAUUAGCAAUUAAAGAAGCUUUGAGUAAUUCUUCAAAUAAGAAUAAGUGUAACGUGCGACCAACUGAAACUGAAGUCAUGGUUGCUGGAGCUCAUAAGGGUCUUAUUAUGCAACGUUUACAAUGCUGUCAACUCUUAUGGAAUGCAAAAAUUAAGGUAAGCGUUUCGUUCUUAAGUUUCAUUUGAUUGACUCAAAUGUCUUAAUGUUAAUAUAAGUAACAAAAUAUAUUCUUAAUCUAUUUUGCAAAAGGAACAGUCUCAUAACAUUAAGAAAACGAAUUACUUCUUGUCAUAUUGACAAACAGUUACAACCAGACAAUCCAGUACUUAAAUAACAUCAAUCUUUCAAAUUUUUUAACUAGAAUUAUGAAGAAGGAAUCUCCCUUUGAAUGUUAUCUUGUACUUUCCGUUUGUUAAUUUUAUUCCUGCUUUUAAAAUUAUAUUCUACUUGGUUUGUUUCUAUUAUUAUUAUUUCAAAUCUCUUGCUUUCCUUUUUAUGGUUGCAUGGUUUGCCAAAUUAGCCGAAUUCGUGCCAGUCCUUGUGUUGUUAAUGUUUUACCGAUGUACUGAUUGAGAUGUUUUUUGUGUUAACACAACUCAGGAUUUCUAUACAAGUUUGUAUCCUAGAUUGUAAAGUGCAUAAUAUUACAAAUACUUACGCGCGCGAGACCGAUAGGUCCUUGGUUCGAACCUCGUGUGGCGAGAUCGUGGAUGUGCACUGCUGAGGAGUCCCAUACUAGGAUGAAACGACCGCCCAAUGCUUACAGGUUUUCCAUGGUGUUCUAGCUUCAAUUGGCCCAUGAAUUCGACUAUUAACUUAAUAUUUAUGUCCAUAACUAACCAAUCAUAUCGCUGCUUAAACGCUCAUCACAUCAACCUGGUCUGAUGUGUAUGUAGACUAUCCCUGUUUCAUGUGACCUGGCAUUUGAAGGAAACUAUUGUUCUAUCACAUUAGUGUGACUGCAAAUCAUUUUUUAUUCAUUUCGAUAAGAUACGUAAUCCUAGUCGGUAUGCUUGUGUGUUUCACUUAAUGACUAUAAUUCCUUUAAUUAUUGUACUAGUUGAAUUGUUUUUGACGUUUAGAGACAGACAGUUUAAAGCCAAGUUGUUCUUAUUCUGACCAUAACUUUCAUAUAAACUCUGGAUCUUCAGUAUCGCGUUUACAGUUCUGGUAGAAUAUCUGUAGGAAAAAUCUUACAUACUAAUGAUGCUUAUUCGAGGACUUAAACAGAAGUAAUGUUGAUGUUAGUUACGGGUUACCAGGUAAAUGUAGCGGCUUCGUUGGUGAAACUAUCAACCUUCAUUGAUUGCAGUGGUUAUGAUCUGUAUUAGGCAUGUCCACUCACUGAUAACCGUGAUGGGGAAUGUCUAGUUUAGGAUUACGUUGGAAUAAAGCUCGUGCCAGCCAAACCAGGACAUUGUAUCAGUCCAUGAAGUCAUUGAUUGUUGAUCUGGGCCACAUUGUUAGGUGAAGAUUAUGUGAUUGAUGCCGGAGCGAUAACCGGAACUUGUGACUAGAGGCGUUGUAUGACAUAACUAAUAACCGUUCAUGAUAUCGCAUAGACAUUCACUUUCUAUUUUAUUCUCAAUAUUGAAUUUUAGUAUUCCUUCAUAUGUACCUUUACUAUCUUUUCUCGAUGCAUAGUCUUUUCAUCAUCAUUAUUACUACAUUACUUCAGUCUCUUUUACUACAAGUCUUAUUAAUUUGGUCUCAUAGCGGUGAUAUAGUAUAGCAACUUGAGCCAACGCACAUCUGUCAGGCUCUGCGUUGAUGACUAGUGGACUCAAACAGGAUAGCGGUUGAACUUAUUUUCACUAAUUCAAAGUGGAGUUCUUAAGUAGUAGUUGUACAAUUGUUCUUACAGUUCUCAAGAUAUUUUGUACAUGAAUGAUUAAAUUAUAUCAUCAAAAAUUAAAUUUCCCAUUGUCCUCUCAUAUUAUUGAUGCUGUUCUAUUAUUACUGUCAUCAAUAGAUCAUACCUAAUACAUAAUUAUACUUUUACUUCGAAACGCUUAAUUCACAGGCUACGAUGUCGCAUAAAAAUCACCCCAAACUUUUGGAUCAACUACAGUAUUGUGAAUCAACUGGUAUUCCUUUGGCCGUUGUUCUAGGAGGAAGUGAACUAGCUCGUAACACUGUCAAGUUGAGAGAUAUUCAAACCCGAGAAGAAUAUGAAGUUUUGUACACAGAUCUUGUGAAUAAGAUCAAAGAAGUACUAUCUACCAAAUACCAUAAAUAAAACUUUGCUACAUAUUGUAUUUGUCUGUAUGUUGUUGCAUCUCAUAAUCUUGUAUCGUUUGACGUAAUUUACCAAUACAAUUUUGUCUCGGAAGUAACUACAAUAAACUUAUUGGGAUUCUAAUUAA